AUGGCAGAGAAAAUGAUUACUGGAUCUGCGGAGCGUGUCUCGACGCAAGACAAGACCGAUAUCCUACAAAAUGAGCAUAUUAAAUUCAACCAGAACAUUGAUGAUGACUGGAGAGUCAAGGAGAAGAAGCUCGUGAGAAAGUUGGAUAUGACGCUGAUGCCCGUGGUUUGGGUCCUAUACUUGUUCAACUAUCUCGAUCGCAAUAAUAUUGCGCAAGCGAGAUUGAACAGCUUUGAAGGCGACUUGGUUCUCGCAACUGCUUUCUCGGGGCUUGUAGCCGCAGGGAUCUUCGCGGGUCUUGAUGGCACCGCCGGCCUUGCUGGCUGGCGGUGGCUGUUCAUCAUCGAGUCGGCUGCUAGCUUUGUUGCCGCCAUCGCUGCAAUGUUCAUUCUGCCUGACUACCCUGAAUCGAAGACUGGUAGUGGUCGCUGGCUGUUCACCGAGAGCGAGCGCCAAUUCGCCGUCGAAAGAAUUGCUCGCGACCGUGUCUCUACACCGGAAAAUGAUAGAUCGGUGUUUCAUGGCCUCAAGCUUGCCGUGGUGGACUACAGGACCUGGAUCUUUGUCCUUCUGCUCUGUGCCAAUCAUACCGCGUACGGGUUCAACAACUACUUCCCAACCAUCAUGAAGGCCUUCAACCUCGGCAAUACCACUCUCACUCUUAUCCUUACCUCCCCGCCAUACCUUGUCGGCGCGAUCAUAUCUUUCCUUGUCGCCUUUUCCAGUGACCGCAAUAAUGAGCGUGGUUUCCACAUUGCGGUGCCAAUAGCAGUCGCAGUCGUCGGGUUUGUCAUCAGCGUUAGUACCCUCAACGUACCAGCUCGAUACUUCGGCUCCUUCCUCUACACAUCCGGCUGUUUCUCCGCAAACGCCAUGGUCUAUAGCUGGGCGGCCAGCACGUUGAACCAGACAUCAGAGAAGCGUGCGUGUGCGACGUCCAUUGUCAAUCUACUGAGCCAGUUCGGGAACGUUUGGAGUCCAUAUUUCUUUCCGAAAGCUGAUGGGCCACGAUAUUUGAUGGCUAUGUUGUUGAUGAUGGGCUUUUCCUUCUUGAGUAUUGUUUGUUGUAUGGUCAUGAAGUGUGAUCUGAAGAGGGCUAAUCACAGGUUGAAAGCGAAAGGGGAAGAGGAGGGUAAGGAUGUCGUGCUGUUCGCCUUGUGA